UUUAUGCUUACUAUGUAUUGGUAUUGCUAAUACUAGUCAAGUAAUGGGAUCGGUAUACAAAUAUGGUAAUCGCAAGUCGCCCGUUCCCGACAAUCAUAUACAAAAAUUACCGGACAAUUGGUUUGACCAACGAGUCGAUCACUUUAAUACUAACGAUACCCGUACUUUCAAACAGCGAUAUUUUUUAAACAAUAAAUAUUACAAAACGGGUGGACCAGUAUUUCUAUUGGUUGACGGAGAAAAUGAAGGCCAGGACUAUCUAAUAACCAAAGGUGCCGUCUCAGAGUAUGCCAAUCGGUUUAACGCAUUGCUAGUAGAUCUGGAGCACCGAUACUAUGGUCAAUCGGUACCGACUAAGGAUCUAUCGGUUGAAAAUAUGCAAUACCUGACCGUCGGACAGGCCCUGAAAGAUACCGAACAGUUUAUCGGGUAUUUGAACCGAAAAUUAUCACUGAAUAACAAUACUACUAAAUGGAUAGCAUUUGGCGGAUCGUAUGCGGGAAAUUUGGUCGCCUUUUUACGGGAGAAAUACCCGCAUGCAGUGGCCGGUUCGGUGGCCAGUAGUGCACCGGUACAGGUGCGCUACGAUUAUAAAGAGUAUUUUGUUGCUGUUAGCAAAUCGUUGGGCACCGAGUGCUCAAAUCAAAUCAGACUAGCUGUCAAUCAAUUGGAAAACCAGUUGCGGACACCCAUAGGCUGGGAAGCCAUCGGCAAUGAACUGAAUCUAUGUUCGCCAUUGAACGGUACGGAUAAGCUAUCGGUUAAGCAUUUGAUGUUUGGUUUGACCGCACCGUUUACUAUUGCCGCCCAAUAUAAUGGUCGGGCAAAUACUAUUGGUGUCGAUCAGUUGUGCGCAUUGAUGACCAACGGUAAGGAUGUAUUGUCGCCAUUGCAACGAUACGCCAAAGUGGUCGGACAGUAUUUCAAUGGUCAGUGCAUUGGCAGUAAUUAUAGUCAAUAUAUUAAUAUAAUCAAAGAUAUAUCGAUACCAUCGCCUGCCGGCUGGAUCAGACAAUGGACUUACCAGAUGUGUACAGAGUUUGGCUACUUUUGGACAACUGAUGACACGGACACACCGUUCGGACACAACAUACCCAUUGAAUACUAUCUGAGUCAAUGCGCCGAUAUUUUUGGCAAACAAUUUACCCCACAAUUCAUACAGAAAGCUAUCGACCGGUUUAAUGACAAUUACGGCGGUUUCAAACUUAACGUUACGAAUGUUGUGUUUCCUAACGGAGCUGUCGAUCCCUAUCAUGAGCUGAGUAUAGUCAAGGACCUGAACAACAGUACCCGAGCUAUACUAAUGAAAACAACUGGUCACGGAGCCGAUAUGGAUCCGACAUUGUUUACUGAUCCCCGGGAGCUAACCGAUGCCCGACUGGCCAUUCAAAAACAAAUACAAUUGUUUUUACAAUAAAACUAUUAUACUGUAUAUAUAAUAUACAAUACAAUAA